UUUUCUCCCAAGAUUGAAUGCAUGGAAAAUGCAGGAGAAAGCGUGAGCAUUCCAACGACCCGAAGAUCGCCCCAAUCCGACCGAUGAUGCCGAAGUUACAAGAAUUCCAAGAUUGGAAGUUCUAAUGACAAAUGCUAUACCUCGGGUAUCUCAUGGGUCUUAUAAUGGGGAUCUUGUGGUUAGAUGGUUGGGGAGAAAACUUUGACUUUUGGUUGGGGUGGCUUGGUUGCUACAAGCCAAAAUAUGCAAGUGUUGCAAAUGUUGCAACAUCUUGCCAAAUCCAAUCUCUUUGGAUUUGGCAUGCAACGACCAGCAGUUACGUUUUGAUUCAGUUCUCACUCUAGAGUUAAUCUUUUCACCUGAUUUAAAUUUCAGAUGACUCUAGACUUCUAGGCGCGUCCUUCCACCAAGCAGAUUGGCGUUUGGUUGAGUUGAGGCUCUGCUUAAUUCGUGCAAAGUAGGCCGAUCCUAUCAACAAGUGGUAUCAGAGCCAGUACCUAUCUUUGCGACGACGAAUCAUGGUCAUUUCUCAACCAAUGUCUACGAGUAGGACCUGUUUCGAGUAGCUCAGGUUGCGAGCUUUCCAACGAGCCUAUUUUCAGGUCUUUAUGCAAAGGCGUGUAUUCGUGGCGCCCCCACCUUCAUGGACCAAUCAGCAAGGAGGCAAAAGGAGUGGGGGAGUUAUGGGAGCUGGUGGAGAGGAGGACGAGGAGGAGAAAGGCGGCAAAGUGGGUGAGCGGCGGCCCGGUUUCUUCUUCUUUGUGAACGAGGGUGCUGCGGAUCCAGCAAUGGCUGCCAAGGUUCUUCUACAUCCGCUAUCUCAUUGGGUCAUUGAUUCUGGAAGCUCCUGGCACAUGACUCCUCGUGUGGACCUGCUUGAUGAGAUUCAGCCAGCACCAAUCGCUACUGUCACAUCCGCUACAGGAGCCAAGGCUAAAGUGAUGGGCAUGGGGCGUGCCAUGUUUGUGGGUGCGGAUGGCGAGUUGGUGGGCUUGAAGGAGGUGCUUUGGGUACCAGAUUUGUGCGCGAAUCUGAUUUCCACCGGCCGUUUGGGAGAUGCGGGCGUGAACACUGAAACCAUCGGCUCAGAGCGCUAUCGUGCUUAUAAGGAGAGCCGACUCAUUUGGGACCUGCAGCGUAAUGGGGGAGUCCACCGGCGCAUGUGGCAGAUUCCCGUGCUCCCAUGGCCUAAAGGGAAUGAGCCAGCAGCAGCAGCAGCAGUUGAAGGAGCCAUGGAUGAUGAAGAUCAUGAGGAGUGUGAUGAGGGGCUGAUUGCGGCGGCUGGAGCAAGUGCGGCUGUCAAGGCAUCGGCAACCUCUGGACAAGCCUCUUGGGAGACAUGGCAUAGACGUCUUGCACAUGUGGCUGUUUCUACAUUGGAGGUGAUGGCGAGAGAGCAGAGUGUGCAAGGGCUUCGUCUGCAUGGAGGCAAUGCUGAUUCUCGUGACUGCGAGGUGUGCAUGCAAAGUAAAUUUGCACGUUUUCCGUUUCAUAGAGUGGAUGGUUCUGCCAAGGCACCAUUGGAAGUGGUGCAUAUGGAUCUGGUGGGUCCGAUGCGGACUGAGGGCAUUGGUGGAGCCAUGUAUUUCCUAACUCUGGUGGAUGACUGGAGCAGAUUUACAUGGGCGCGACCUUUGUCAAAGAAGAGUGAUGCGGCAGCGGCAAUCAAGGAGGAUUGGUUGCCAAUGGUUGAAAGGCAGUCUCAACGGUUGGUGAAGGUGCUGAGGAGUGAUCGUGGUGGCGAGUUCCUAGGAGCAGAUUUCACUGCUUGGCUCAAGAAGAACGGCAUUCGACACCAACUGACCUGCCCUGGAACACCACAGCAAAAUGGCAUUGCUGAACGAGCCAACAGAACCAUUGGCGAGGCGGCCAAGGCAUUGUUGAGGGAUGCUGGACUUCCCUACAAGUUCUGGCCUGAAGCUGUUCGCCAAGUGGUGACUGUCAAAAACAGAGUCUUGACGCAUGUUGGCGAGCAGCAUUGGGUGCCCUAUGAGCGUUGGCUUGGGAAGAAGCCGCUUGUAGAUAUGCUGCGGGUGUGGGGCUGCAUGGGGCUUGUGAUGGUGCCAAAGGAGCAAAGGCACAAGCUUGAGGUUGCUACAGUGUGGGCCGUCCAUCUUGGGAUGGCCCCCGACUCCAAAGGGUGGCUGAUGUGGGACCCGAGGAGUAAGAAGACCAUUGUGAGCCGCGACGUCAAGUUUGUGGAAAAUGUGAUGUACAACGACUGGCAGCAACAACAGCAAGUUCAGAUUGGACUGCGGCUGCAAGAGCUCCAGAGGUCAGCUGUGGAGGAGGUUCAGCCGCACCUUGAUGAUCGCCCUGGGUCAGAGCUGACCAGUGACCACAGUGGUGGUGUCGAGCAGCCCACUGUUGGAGAUGAGCCUGAGGAGGGGCUCGAGGAUGAGUCAACGCGUGUGGACUCACCAUCAGUGCCUAUGACUUCUCCACCAGCUAGGGUCACUAAGAGGAGUGCACAGCGAGGCGCGUCAACGCAAAUGCAGCAGAGUACAACUCGUGAGAAGAGGGCAGCAGCGCCACCUUCAAGGCUAGGGUAUAGCCGCUUGGGAGGACCUAAGCAAGGUGCGAUGGCGGUUCAGGCGGAUGAGAGUGAUAAUGAGGAGAGUGCUUUCUGCUUCUUCACCACUCUACCUAGUGAUCCAGCCACACUACAUGAGGCAUGGACUGGCCCUCUGAAGGCAAAAUGGAAGCCUUCAACUGAUGAGGAGUUCAACAGUCUCAUUGAGAAUGAGACAUGGGAUCUUGUGAAUCUACCAAAGGGGCGACGAGCCAUCGGCAAUAAGUGGGUCUUUAGGACUAAGACCGGAGCUGAUGGUGAAGUGGAGCGGUACAAGAGCCGUUUGGUUGCCAAAGGGUUUGAGCAGAAGGAGAAGGAGGAUUACAAGGAAGUGUUUGCACCUGUUGCUAAAACAGGAACCUUGAAGACCUUGCUGGCCAUUGCUGCUGUGAAAGGUUGGAGUGUGAAGCAGAUGGAUAUCAUCACUGCAUUCCUGAAUGGGGUGGUGGUGGAAGACAUAUAUAUGGAGCAGCCAGUUGGAUAUGAAGAUGGGACUGGCAGAGUGUGCAAGCUUAAGAAGGCAAUCUAUGGACUUAAGCAAGCUCCAAGGUGCUGGUAUGAGAAGCUAGCGGAAGUGCUCCUUGCUAGAGGCUUCAACACCUCUCAAGCUGACCACAGCUUGUUUCUGCUUGGUGAGGGGGAGCAGCAGUUGUGCUUGCUUAUCUAUGUAGAUGACAUCUUGCUGUUCUCCCCAUCCAUGGAGCAGAUUGAGAGGACCCAAAAGCUGUUGAUGGACAGCUUCAAGUGCAAGAUGCUUGGGGAUGUGCAUUACUACUUGGGGCUGCAGAUUGAGAGGGAUGUGGAAAAGAGGUGGCUGAAGAUGCACCAGCACAAGUACAUCUUUGGAGUGGUGCAGCGGUAUGGCAUUCUUGAGGGUCGUACUGUGAGGACACCUCUCCCUGCAGACUUCAAGCUGAGGAAGGCCACUGAAAACGAUGUGGUACUUGAGGAGGAGGAGAUGAAGGAGUACCAUUCUCUGAUCGGGAGUGUCAUGUAUGCAGCAGUGCAGACAAGACUCGAUGCUUCUUUUGGAGUGGGUCAGCUUGCGAGGGUUGUGCAACAACCCACUGCUGAACACUUGGAGGUUGCAAGGAGAAUGGUACGCUACCUUGGAUCUACAACAUCUGCUGGAGUUCAGUUUUCUAUGGCUGGACAACUGAAGCAACCUGGAGCUGAAGGGGUGAAGCCCGGAUCUUUGAAGCUUACAUGCUUUACCGAUGCAACAUGGGCCUUGGAGGAUGAAGACUGCUCAUCCAUUGGAGGCUUUGUUUGCAUGAUUGGAGGAGGUCCAGUAAGCUGGAGGUCAAAGAAACAAAGUGAGAUCGCUCAGUCUUCAGCAGAGGCGGAAUAUAUGGCUUUGCACCAUGGAAUUAAGGAGAUCGUGUCCCUGCGGAAGCUGUUGGAAGAUAUUGGCGAGAAGCAGGAUGGCCCUACGCCACUAUUCACAGACAGCAAGGGUGCUAUUGGGAUGGCCACUAAUCCGAUCCUGAAUGGCCUCAAUAAGCACAUGAAAAUCAAGUGGCACUGGGUGCGGCAGAUGGUGAAGGAAGGGGUUGUGGAACUUCACCAUGUGAAGGCAAGCAAGCAGGCGGCUGAUUUCCUAACGAAGCGUCUUCCUGAAGAUGCACACUGGAAAUGUGCUAAGAUGUGUGGAAUGGCAUUGCACUAGAUGUUCCAAUAUAUGAAUGUGAUGGCAUGGGCCUGGUUGGAUGAAAGAUCAUUUCCACAUGCAUGUGUGUGCAUUCCAUUAGUCUGAGGGGGAGUUUGUUAAUUGCACAUCAGCAUGAGUGCAUAUCAUCCUAAUAUCCUACCGUAUGAUCAUCUCAUUCGUGCAUGCAUGUGUGCAUGAGCAUAUAUCACAUUGCUCGCCAUCUUCGAUAUUCUCAUCAUCCUGAUUUUCUCCCAAGAUUGAAUGCAUGGAAAAUGCAGGAGAAAGCGUGAGCAUUCCAACGACCCCAAGAUCGCCCCAAUCCGACCGAUGAUGCCGAAGUUACAAGAAUUCCAAGAUUGGAAGUUCUAAUGACAAAUGCUAUACCUCGGGUAUCUCAUGGGUCUUAUAAUGGGGAUCUUGUGGUUAGAUGGUUGGGGAGAAAACUUUGACUUUUGGUUGGGGUGGCUUGGUUGCUACAAGCCAAAAUAUGCAAGUGUUGCAAAUGUUGCAACAUCUUGCCAAAUCCAAUCUCUUUGGAUUUGGCAUGUGUCCUCACAUG